AUGACUGCUCUCCGGAACCUAAAGGGAACAGCCAUUGCAUCGAGAAGGGGGAUGGAGAAAAUCAUCUACGACUUCUACUCUGAUCUCUUCGACAGCCAUGUCCACUUGCCUCCUCACCAUCUGAGGGAAGAUGGACAAGUCAUUCCAGAGGUUCUCCCGUACGAAAUACGACAUGCUAUCAUGUCGGUAAGAAAUCGUACGGCACCCGUUCCUGACAGAAUAAGACCAGAACACCUGAAGAGCCUUCCGCCAGCACUCAUCAACACCCUGGCAAGGCUCUUUACACGUUAUCUGGCGGAAUGUAAGGUUCCUAAACAGUGGAAGAGCAGUAAGACCGUGUUGUUGUAUAAAAAGGGAGAUCCACAUGACAUCGGCAACUAUCGCCCAAUCUGCCUACUGUCCGUCAUCUACAAGCUCUUUACAAGAGUAAUCUUUAAUAAGAUUGAAAAAGUCUUGGAUGAAGGACAGCCAUGCGAGCAAGCAGGGUUUCGAAAAGGAUUCAGCACGAUUGACCACAUUCACACUGUUUCGAAACUCAUCGAGGUAUCACGAGAGUACAAGAUACCGCUCUGUCUCACCUUCAUCGACUUAAAGAAGGCUUUCGACUCGGUUGAGACGGAAGCGGUGUGGAAGCCUUGGACAACCAAGGCGUCCCUACUCAGUAUAUUAAGGUACUUCGAGAGUUGUACAGUAACUUCACAACCGGAAUUUCGCCAUUCUACAAGAACAUCAUCAUUGACGUGA